CUUACAUUAAGAAAAAAAAAUCACAAAGGAAAGACUGCUUUCUUUCCAAUGAAUAUGAUGCUUGUGGUUAAGCUGUUUUGUCUCUCUGAAUUUAAUAACCUUUUUUAUACGACUUGCCUGAAUUAGAGAUAAGGAAUUGGUUUUAACAACUGAAAGUAGGUUAUUCAAAGUUCUCUAAGAUGAGUGCUGAAGCGGCGGAUCGGGAGGCAGUAACCUGCAGUCGACCGUGUACUCCGCCGCAGACCACCUGGUUCGAGUUCCUCUUGGACGAGGCCUUGCUGGAGAAACACUUACAGAAACCCUCACCAGCUCAUUUGUCUAUCCCAGUGUUAAAUAUGCUUCUCAAUGAGCUCCUGUGCGUCAGUAAAGUACCCCCUGGAGUUAAACAUGUGGAUCUGGUCCUGUCUACCUUACCUCCUACUACUGCAAUGGCUGUGCUCAUCUACAAUAGAUGGGCUAUCAGGACAAUAGUGCAGAGCAGCUUCCCUGAAAAGCAAACUAAACCUGGACCUCACCAGUUAAAUAUGCUGAAUCAUGUGCAACAGGAAAAGGAAUUAACAGAAAACAUUUUAAAAGUGCUAAAGGAGCAGGCGGAUGACUCAAUCAUGGUUCUGAAGGGCGUCCUGGGGAUCAAGAAAGACUUUUAUAUCCAUACAAUGAGGACGCUGGACCUGCUGGCAGCCGAGUCCUGCACUGCCAAUGGAGAGACAGAGUGCUCUACCGCAGGAUUAAAGAUCAGUGCUGAUGAACUGCAUUGUCAGGUUCAUUAUGAUUUGGGAGCUGUCUUCUUUCAGCAAGGUAGUUCAGACCCCCUGGCCUAUGAAAAGGCCAGAGAGCAUUUCUUAAAAACAAGGGAAUGUCUUGCAAAGUUUGAUGGCAGAGCCCUGCACUGCAGGAUUGAUGAGAAAAGGCUGGCUGGGUACUGGAAUGCCUGUGGGGUUCUCACAGGCUCCUCAGAUAUCGGCGGCACCCAAAUGCCUUUAUAUACUCAGAUACACAGCUUUAUCAAGUCUGGAAAUUUUGAGGGUCUGAUUGAAUGUUUUGUGAAGGACAACAUCACCUUCAGCUUGCCCAGUUAUUUCAGACAGUCUGUCCUGAGGGAAUUUGUUCACAAAGCUCAGCAGGGGGACAGAGCAGCAGAUGAAAUAUGUUACAAGCUGUGUGCCUGCAACGCUGUGCGUGACGCAUUGGAGGGACAGGUCAUCAGUGUCCGUUUUAGGCAAUUUCUUCUGAAACCCAACAAAGACAAAAUUGACUUUUUAUUGGAGGUGUGCACACGGUCAUUAGAUAAGGACCAUGCAUCUGAGGCUUCAAAAAGGAACAUGGCAGCUUUUUUAAAGAGUCUGUGUGAGAGCCUAGAGGAUCUUCAGCUCGUGUUCAUGGUUUCUUCUCAUGAGCUCUUCAUGGUGCUGCUGAAAGACGAGGAGAGGAAGACCCUUCUUGACCAGAUGAGGAAGAAGUCCUCUACUGUCAGCUUGUGCACCAAACCAUUGCCUUCUUUUUAUGACAUUCCAGCCUCAGCCAGUGUGACGAUAGGCCAGCUGAAACAUCAGCUGAUUCUUUCCCUGGACCCUUGGCAGAUCCGUCAGAUUCUGAUAGAGCUGCACGGUAUGGCCGAGCGCCAGUUCUGGAGGGUGUCCAGCAAGUGGGAAGUACCUCCUGACUACCUUGGAGUUAUUUUGGGCAUCAAGGAUAACCUAACGCGAGAUUUGGUAUACAUUCUCAUGGCCAAAGGUUUACACAGCAUUGCAAUUAAGGACUUUCUGCAUGCCCGUCAGCUUUUUACUGCCUGUCUGGAGCUGGUGACUGAGUUCUCCCCCAAACUGCGCCAGGUUAUGCUGAAUGAGAUGCUCCUGCUGGAGAUAAGGGCACAUGAGGCCGGCACUGGCACGGGUACCAAUAGGGAUCGUCCACCUCCUGACCUAGUCAGCAGGGUGAGAGGUUAUCUGGAGAUGAGGAUACAUGAUAUUCCUCUUCGGCAGAUCAUAGGUGAGGAGUGUGUCGCAUUCAUGUUAAACUGGAGAGAGAACGAAUACCUUACACUGCAGGUUCCUGUGGGCCUUGUUCAGAAUAACCCCUAUGUUAAGCUGGGGCAGCUCUUGGCAGCUACCUGUAAAGAGCUUCCAGGGCCCAAGGAGAGCAGGAGGACAGCCAAAGAUCUGUGGGAAGUGGUUGUUCAAAUCUGUAGCAUCUCCAGCCAGCACAAACGAGCCAGUGAUGGACGGAUUAGUUUAAUUAAACAGAGGGAGUCCAGCCUUGGAAUCAUGCACAGGAGCAAUUUUGUGACCUUCAUCAAAAAACUACGGGAACCACUAGUGUUGACAACACUGAUAUCUCUGUUUGUGAGGCUUCAUAGCAUCGUACGGGAUGAUAUUGUAAAUGAAGUAACUGCAGAACACAUAUCUAUUUGGCCGAUAUCCCUACCAAACCUCCAGUCAGUGGAUGUGGAGACUGUUGCUGUAACCAUGAAAGAGCUGGUCAACUAUGCACUGACCCUGAACCCCAACAAUCAUUCCUGGCUGAUCACCCAGGCAGACAUUUACUUUGUGACAAACCAGUACUCAGCAGCUCUGCACUACUAUCUCCAGGCAGGGGCAGUUUGUUCAGAUUUCUUCACCAAGACGGUCCCUCCUGAUGUCUAUACAGAUCAGGUCCUGAAGAGAAUGAUUAAGUGCUGUUCUCUGCUAAACUGUCACACUCAGGUUGCAGUACUUUGCCAGUUCCUCAGAGAAGUGGAUUAUAUGACUGCUUUUAAAGCCUUGCAGGAGCAGAGCAGCCAUGAUGCUAUGGACUCCUUUUAUGACUACAUCUGGGAUAUGACAAUCCUUGAAUAUUUGACUUACAUUCAUCAUAAAAGAGGAGAGAAUGAAAAAAGACAAAUAGCUAUAAAAGCGAUUGGACAGACUGAGCUGAAUGCCAGUAACCCUGAGGAAGUGCUGCAGCUUGCUGCCCAGAAAAGGAAAAAGAAGUUUCUUCAGGCUAUGGCAAAGUUAUAUUUUUAGAGAGCAUGUAAUGAGUACAGAAAAAA